AUGGCUUCAUUUUCCCUGACAACUUUAUCCCGGUCAUCGUUCUCCCCUUCAAGAAACAAAUCCAUAUCAUCCAGUCAUUCCAAUACCUCAAUUAAGACCAUCAAGCAGAAUAUCCCUACCAUGUCCAAUGAUAAAUAUAUCAAAUCCAUACUAAAGAAUUUCAAGAAAUUAGAGAUCGGAUUAAACAAAUUCAAUUCUAAGCAUGAUGCUUAUUCUACCAAUCUUCUUAGAACCAUUCUUUUACCAUUUUUAAGGAUCGACUAUCUCAGAAAAGAAAGUAUAAACACCAAAACCUAUAAAGGCUUAGUUAAUAUCUUUUUAUCAUUAUUAUUGAAAUGGUGGUCUUCAUUAUUGAAUUAUCUUAUUAACAACAACUUAUCUAGUAUAGACCGGUCGGUAUAUUUAGAGUGUAUUUCCAGAAUAGUGGCACGGAAAGAAUGGUUUGAAGGAGAUGAUAAAUCUAAAGAGAGUGAUACUAAUGACAGGAAUUAUGAUGAACUAUUAACAUUGACUUUGGAUUAUUCUAUGAAUAAACUCAUCACUAUUAAACAUUUACCGUUAUCUAUAUCGGCAUUCAUUGGUAAGAUCUUUGCAUAUUCAUUUUUCCGAAUACCUGAUAUUUCCCAUGCCCUUUUAUUCCUUUUAAAUAUCAAACAAAUGGUUUUUGAAGAGAACAAUAAAUCUUUCAAUCACCUUAAAGUCUCGGAGGCAGAAUUACAGCUUUUAUAUAAGACUUUUCCAUCGCAUCUUCAUUACAUAAUAAAUUUCAAAGGUUUAACAAAUUUGAAACUAAAGAACCAGAAAUCUUUCUUUAAUUGUUUGGUGCCACCUAAGAAUGAUGUUAAAGGUAUAAAGAAUCCUAAUGGUAGUUGGGUAACUCGAUGGUUCAAUUCCGAUUCCGAUAUUUUUAAUUCUUUCUUGAAUCAUUACCUCGAAAUAUCCUCCAUAUUUUUACCUAAUUUAUCUGAAUUAUCCCCAAGUUUAUUGAUAAAUCUACCCGGAUUAAACAUCAUUUUAAGUCAUGUGUAUCAAAUUAUGAAACUUUCCAUUAACAAGAUUUCGGCCAACAAUUCAAAGAUUAAGUUCCAAUUCAAUAAUAAAGGUAAUGAGUUCACGGAGAAAAGUAACAGAAUUUACUAUAACUCCAUAUUUAAAAUCUUCAGGACUAUCAGAGAUUUCAAUCAUUUCAAUAAGAAUCGAUCUUUAGUGGAUUUUAUUGAAACUAUGUUGAUAAAUUUCGGGAAAAAAGUAUCAAUCUAUGAUUUCAAUAAGAAUUCUUUGAUUUUGAACGUUAUUUUUGAAUUCUUGAAUCAUUUUGAACAUAUAAAUUGGAAUUUCUGGUUAAAUUCUAUCUAUUUAAUGAUGGAAAAUUCCAACCACAUUGAAAUACUUUUGAAAAAUUUAUCUUUCAUCUUCAAUACUUGGAAUUAUUUACCGGAUUUUUAUUCCCAAUCAUUUCAGAAAGAUAUUGGAACCAAUUUCUUAUCGGAUUCAGAGAUAAAGGAUAGUUUUGUCAAUUGGUUGAUAUCUCCCAAGAUGUUUAUGAAACUUUUCCUUCAUUAUAAUUCCAUUGUCAGGAACUAUUACAUACGAUUAUUGAUUUGGAGAGUUGUAGGAAUCAAUAAUUUCGAAUCGUCAGUAUCGAUAAAGAAUUCUUUAAAGGUAGAAAAUCAUUUAAAUCAAUGCUUCAAACACCUUCAACAGUUUUGUCAAACCCAUAGUGAUAUUGAUUUCAAACCUGAUAAUCCUAUGAUUAAUAAGAAAUUCACCAUCGUUCCCAUACUGAAGGCAGAUGUUAUAUUCGAGUUCAACGAUGAAGAGAAUUUGACACUCUCGAAUCCAAGUGAAAUCAAAAAGACUCAUCCUUAUGAAAUCUUUGAUGAAACAAUUUACUCGUGUAAUAACUCCUUGACAGAAGUCAAUGAAGAUAAACGAUCAAAUUCUUUGGUUAGUUCUAUAGGGAAGAUUUUCAAACUUCUUACUACUGAUGAUAAAGAAGAAGAUUUGAAACCUCCAAAAUCAAGUUCUUUGACUUCAUUAUCCAACCUUUCUUUGACUUCGAGGUCUUCGAGUCCUUCUUUAUUAUCAUUCAAUUCAACCCCAACUUCUUUAACUGACUUAUCAGACAAUUCCAGUGUGUCUUUGAAAAAUGAUGAAAAACUUUAUACUUUCAAAUUAUCGCCAGAAAUCAUUCGUCCUAUUUAUAAAGUAGACCUUAUCAAUGACCAAGAAGCUAUUAUGGAGAAAAUAUAUCUUAUGAAUACCAGAAGAUUCCCAUCCAAAGUCGAAUAUUUACCUCAACGUCCAAGGAUUCCCACAGUAUCGAUAUUCAUCAAUUCUGAUCUUUACAACAAAUUUUUCAUCAGCACAGAAAAUAUAUUGAUCAAUGAUCCUAAGAAUGAACCUUAUAUCACCGACAACUUUGAAACAUUACAUUUCCCAAAUAAGAUCAUUGAUAUGAUGAAUCUAGGAAAAUCAAUAUUUGAAUGGAAUUUGAUGGUGGAAGAAUUUGAAACCUUCCUUAUUAAUAAGAUAGAAAACGAUAACACCAUGAAUACGUUAGAUGAGAGUGAUUAUUUCAAAAAGCUUAUUCCUUUAUUAUCUAUUGAUAAUUCAAAGUCAUUGAAUGCUGCAUGA